UUACACAGGAACAAGGAUGUGGGCUGGCAGGCAUCUGCAGAGGCUGAGUCGUGGACCAACCUUCUUUGAAGACAGCCGCCAGCAACUCGAAGAGAACACUUUACCAUCUUUUCAGAAGAGGAAAAUCAUGUCACUGAAACUACCUCGCAACGUCUGGGAUUUCAACCUGAAAGCAGAUGUGAGCCGAAUAGGUCGAUCGAAGAGUGUAAUGCCAGGGGAUCACUGCACUGUGUCAAACAGAUCUUCAUCACCCAACACAUUGGAGCGCCCUGCCAAGUCAGGCUGGCUGAAGAAGAGGAGGUCACUGGUGAAACAGUGGCAUGUUCGCUGGUUUGUCCUGCGUGGAGUCUACCUAUGUUACCACAAAGAGGAGGAGGAUGGAAAGCCACAGGGUCACAUCGUCCUCCAGGACUGCAAGGUCAAUGAACUACCACCUAACCCUGAUGAACCAGGAAAAUUCCUCUUUGAAAUCGUUCCAGUGGGCUAUGGUGACCGGGAGAGGACAGGAAGUGCUCAGGAGUCCCACAUGCUGAUGGCCAAUUCACAGAGCGAAAUGGAAGAUUGGGUGAAGGUGAUUCGUCGGGCGAUGGGAACACUGUCCAGUGGAGCCGUCUUUGGUCAACGCCUGGCAGAGACGGUGGCAUACGAGCAGAAGUUUGGCCAGCACCUGGUGCCCAUGGUGGUGGAGCAGUGUGCUGACUUCAUUCGGAACUACGGGCUGAAUGAAGAAGGGAUCUUCCGCCUUCCAGGACAGGACAACCAAGUCAAAGAACUGAGAGAUGCUUUCGACUCUGGGGAGAGGCCGACUUUUGACAGGAACACUGAUGUACACACUGUAGCCUCACUCUUUAAGCUGUACCUGAGAGAGCUCCCAGAACCAGUUGUCCCUUGGUCGCAGUAUGAAGACUUCCUGGCCUGUAGCCAGCUCAUGAACAGCGAUGAGGAGCAGGGGCAACAGGAAGUGAUGAAACAGAUUUCGUUUCUGCCUCAGGCGAACUAUAACCUGCUCAGCUACAUCUGCAGGUUUCUGUAUGAGGUCCAGCUCAGCUCCAAGAUCAAUAAAAUGAGUGUGGACAAUCUGGCAACUGUUAUCGGGGUGAAUCUCCUCAGACCCAAACUCGAAGAUCCUGUGGCCAUCAUGAGAGGCAACCCACAGAUCCAGAAGCUGAUGACUGUUCUGAUCAGCAAACAUGAUGAGCUGUUCCCAAAAUACAAGGACAAGCCUCCUUCCCCCUCCUUGAGAACAAGCGCCCAGCGCAGCAUGGUGGGUUGGGGUGCUGUGGACCCACUAACUGGAACGACAGCAAGAACACACAAGACCAGCCCCCAGGAUGAGCGUGAUCUGAGCAAGGCGGAGGACCAAUUGGAAAACUGGAAUGAUAGUCCCCGGAAAAGAACACAAACUCUCCCGGUGCAGAAAUGUGCAGGAGCGUCCAAUGGUUCAGAGGUUAGCCUAUCCAGUGCAGAGCUCUGGAAAUGGUCAAAGACUUCCCAGCUCAGGAACGGCCAGGAGCUUCUCACUGAAAGGCACAGGCACAGUUUCUCCCAGGAUACCCGGCAAGAGGAGGCUUCCUGUCAGUUCCAGCUCUCCCCUCCCAGCGAUGUCCCAAUCCCAGCAGCAGCCAGUGCGGGUAAUUCUCAGGAUCAGGAGCGUCGGGGCUGUCGGCUGGCAGCCACCUCACCCGGUGAGGAAACCCAGAGCCAUCAGCCCGGACACUCCACUCCAAACCUCACCGAGCUGGAGAGCCAAGGGGAAGGCCAGGGAAUAGUGAACAUCGGAGAGCUCGGGACGGAGCUUGACAAACUGAGGAAGGACUUCGACGGCAAGAGGAAGGAAUAUGAGGAGAGAAUUCAGAGCCUCGAGAAGGAGAAUUAUGAAGUCUGGGCUAAAGUGGUACGAUUGAGUGAACAGUUGGAGCUUGGCAAGAAGCAAUGUGAAGCCUUGGAGAUCCGGCUUCAGAAUGCGAACAGGGCUCGCGAGGAGGCAGAGAAACGCAACCGGCUCCUUGAGCAGGAGCUCACCAACUUCUUUCAGAAAAACAAGGGAGAGUAACGUUCAUUCCCGACAGCUUCCUGGAGUCCCUGUACUAGGACUAGACUGACUCAUACACUCACAUAUGCACACAGACACACACCCACAUACACGCAGUGACACACACACACACACACAUACACACACUGACACACACAGACAUACACACAUACACGCACAGCUACACACACACCUACACUCAGACAUACACACACACAAACCCCGACAUACACACAUACAUAGACAGACACACACAUCCGCACACAGACACAUGCACAGACAUCCGUGCACACACACACACGCAUAGACACACACACACACACACACACACACACACAUAUAUGCAUUCCUGUAGCAGAGUUUUCGAUACAGUUGACCUGACUGUGGAACUGAGGGACAAGGGAAGAUCUGCGAGGCUCCCUCCACACUGAGUGAGUGGGGAAGGGCUAACAAUACCCCCUGACAAUGUGGUUGGCUGGUAUCCAGCAGCAGACUGUCAAUGACACGCUGUAUGUGGAGGGCUAUGUCCAACAGGCCGUCUGAAUGAAAAUGAUGUUCCUCACCAGAUUGGAGAAGGUGCAGUCUUUCUUGAAUUCUUUGAGACCUGUCAUGGUGAACAAGUCGUCAAGAACCUCAUGGUACCUGGAAUUGAUGUCCCGUGUGAAGCCCUGGCCUGGUUUAUCAGGAUGGGAAUGCCUCUCUUUGCUUUGUUGUACCUCACACCCGCGCCAUAGCCAGUGCUGAGUGCGUCUGAUCAUUAAUAUCCCUUUUGGACAUGUUCAUGAUGCUUGGGAGGCUGAAGCCCUCAGCUUCAGUGGGGCAGGGAGCUCUGGAAGUUCUCCAUCCCUUGUUGUUUCUGAGUCUGUUGACUCACUGAUGGAGAUCAUUUGCUCUCCAGGUGUAUGGUAACCAAACCCAUCUGUCACUGAGCCUCAGAACAGCCAGGGUUGCAAAGUACCUGUGAGACGGAGAAUGGUGUGUCUGGAUUCCCACAUUCCCACAUUGGCCGUGACUUGUGUCUGUAACAUUGGCACUCCUUACACACUGCCACCUUGUGUACCCUGCAGGCUAUGAGCUGCAGAUGCUGAGGCGGGUUCUGACAAUGCCCUGAGCGUGGACAUUGCUGAAGCAUGACUGUCUUGCCGUGGCCUGCGCUUGGACUGCAUCGUUUGCUUUCAGUUAGUUUUAUCAGCACAUUGCCCUGAUGCUGUGCUUCACUAUCUCCUGAUGACUCUGCUCUGUCUAAUCCUGGAUUGAGCUGUCAGCUAAAUGCAGCUCAGUCUCUGUGAAUGUAUAAACAGACAGCAGCAGUAUGACAAUGAGACAGACACUGUCCGGUUCAAAACCAGUGACUUCUUCAAGGUACAGUCACAAUCUUUGUGCCCUGCAUACAUUUCACAGGAACUCUGACCUUUUUUCCCCUUCUCCUCCUUUCUCCUCCCAGCAUUGUGUAUCUGUGACAUGAAAGCUAGUGUCUCAUAAAGACGACUUACAAAUACUCAUAGUUUGUGGCUGAACCGUAGUAAUGUAAAUAUUGACUUUCAUUGCUUUCGGAGAAAAAAACAGGGAGCGC